UUAUACUUCUUUCCGUUGUUUCACAAACAAAACCCCACGCACCCCAAUCUAGUCCUACCCAUCUCAAUCUCAUCCUCUUUGUCGUUGUCGUCAUCACCAAUACAACCAACCAUCACAAUGGCACCAUCCGCCACCUCCUCCACGGCCACAUACACCAGCACCGAGCCAAUGAGCAACCAAACCAAGCCCCUCGCCGGCAAAGUCGCCCUCAUCACCGGCGCAGGGCGGGGCAUCGGAAAAGGCAUCGCGCUCGAACUCGGCAAGCGGGGCGCCUCUAUAAUCGUAAACUACGGGCGCAGUUCUUCGUCCGCCGAGACCGUAGUAGCCGAACUAGCCUCCCUCGGCUCCAAAGCCAUCGCCAUCCAAGCCGACAUCUCGAAACCCACCGACGUAGCCGCUCUUUUUGAAAAGGCAGUUGCGCACUUCGGAUACAUCGACAUCAUCGUGUCGAACUCCGGUAUGGAGGUCUGGUGCGAGGAGACGGAAGUCACGCCUGAGCUCUUCGACCAAGUGUUUAACUUGAACUGCCGCGGCCAGUUCUUCGUCGCGCAGCAGGGUCUUAAGCACUGUCGCGAGGGCGGGCGCAUUGUCUUGACUUCGUCUAUUGCCGCGCAGAUGGCUGGGAUCCCUAACCAUGCCUUAUACGCCGGCUCCAAGGCCGCGGUUGAAGGGUUCACGCGUGCGUUCGCGGUCGACUGUGGACGCCGACGUAUCACGUGCAAUGCCAUUGCGCCUGGUGGUAUCCAGACUGAUAUGUUCGAUGAGAACAGUUGGCACUAUGUACCUGGCGGCCACAAGGGUAUGCCUGUCGACACGAUCAAGGAAGGUCUACGCAAGAUGUGCCCGCUUGAUCGUGUUGGUGUCCCGGCGGAUAUUGGAAAGGUAGUUUACUGCCUUGUUAGUGAAGAAGGUGAAUGGAUUAACGGUCAAGUCAUCCGUGCUUCUGGCGGUGGUGUCUAAGUCACGAGACUUCCACUAUAGAAAUUGUGUAUAUGGCAGAUUGAAUUAAGGGGUUAGGGAGCGUCGUAUGGGUGUCAUUGGUGAGCUUGGUUUCACCGAAUCAUGGAAUUGAAUGAAAUGAUAGGAAUGAAGGGAGUUGUAGAUGGAAAAUAGCUAGUGAUGGGCGAGUAUCCCACUUGAGUAGCAAGGCCUGUAGUCGGGUAACGAUAUAGAGUAAAAGAUCUGUUUGCACCACUUA